AUGUCUACCGCCAUCAAGAGAAGGAAGUUGGCGCCAACCAGCAAGACAGUGUCAACAGGGAAAUCUCGAGGACUUGGUGCCUUUACCACCGUCUCCAAGGCAAACACAGUCACCAGCACGAAAGAGAUAAUCGACAAGAACAACCGUGUCGACAUCGCAACUGCCCCAGCGCAGAUUAGCAAUGACAAGAGAAAAUUUGUCGAGGACGAGGAAAGCGCGCAACCCGCGACAAUCUCACCAGCCAACACUCUUCCAUCACGACGAACAAACCUACGAUCUCCUCAUACUCCCCAAAAACCAAUUGUCAGCGACAGCCCACCCUCAUCAAUCGAAACACCCACCAAAGGCGCUCGCAACCUCCUCGACCGCUUCUGCAUCUCCUCCACCACCAAAACACCCACGCGCUCCCCACUCUCCUUCAACAGCACCAGCUCCUCGCUCACCGCAUCCACACCCUCCAAACGCUACCACGCACCAUGUUCAGAAAACCUCCCCCUCGAACUCCUCGACCUGAUAAACCUCCACGCUGCAUUCCUGACCGCACUGUCUAUACACUAUGCCCACAACGGGACCCACUCUCCAGCCGACCUGCGCAAUCUCUGUCCGGAUGUCGCGCGCGCGUGGGGCAAAAGGAGAGUGAUGCUAGACGAUAUCAGGCGCACGAUUGGCGUGUUGAAUACAAGUAUACCAGCAGAUGGAAACGACACGCGAUUAUCACGACUCAUUCUCUCGGACUACGGACACGGGAAGAUAUGUAUCGAGAUCAAAACUUCAGCGAAGCAAGGGUGCAUCGCACGGCCCGUGAACGAGGAUUUACUGAAUGAGAUAUUCGAGCGCGGAUUAUCCAGGGCGUGGGAAGAGAGGGAGGGGGAUAUGGCUGUAAAGGAGUUCAUUGCAGGCUUGCCAUUGGAAGCUAUCACAACUUGUUCGUCGCUGGUUAAGAUGUCGCCGUUACUUGCGAAGGGGCAGCGGAGAUUGGAGGACUUGAAGGCUGGGAUUGGGGUUAAGGAAGUUGUGAAAGUCAAGGCGGAAGUCGCUGGGCCGAAACUCACGCUCCUUGAACGGCUGCGAGCGAAACAGCUCGAAAAGUCGAAUAUGCCUCCUCCACCGUCGAAGGCGGACAUCGCGAGGAAGGCUGCACUGGGAAGAAUGGACGAGGUUGUAGCUAUUUUGGUCAUUCUCAGUACAUCUACGUCGAUUGGCCAGUCGCGGAUCUCUUUCACGCUUCCGACUAUUAUUGGAAAACUCCGCGAUUCUUUCAAUACGCCAAUGUCCAAGGAAGAGGCGGAUACCUGUAUUAGAUUAUUGGCAUCAGAGAUAGCUCCGGAGUGGGUCAAGUUGGUAAAGAUGGGGAAGGUAGAGGCUCUUGUCGUGAAUAGAGAUGAGAGGCCUUCGGAGUUGGAUAUCAAAGAGCGCGUUGGACGUGCUUGA